CAGUCAAAUCUAGUAUGGAUAUAAAAGUAUCCUUUAAGGUCUCUUCAUUUUAUGGAGCUACUAGAAAAGAAUAUUUGUAUCAGUUGAAAAAAAAGCAUCAUUUAACUGAAUGCAAGAAACAUUCUUUGCGAUAUUCAACAAUUUAUCAGAGGAAUUCAUACUUUGAUGAACGAAUUGUUUGGAAGUGGUUUCCUCGACAACGAGAUGCUUUUAAUUAUUGCAGUUUGACUAAAGAGAAAUAUCUUUGUUUGUUUACCUAUGAAAAAGUUGAUAGUAAGCGUAAAUUUUUAGUCACAUCUCACCAACAGUUUUGGAAUAGAUACUCUAAAAUGAAAUCAUCUGAAAAACAUUUUUAUGAAGUUAUAGCAGAGUCUAAACCUUGUCGCUUAUAUUUUGACAUUGAAUUUGAUAAAACUAAGAAUCCAAAUUUAGGUAAUGGUAUUGAAGUAUUAGAGACUUUUAUUCAACUUGUUUGUUCCUGUCUUCAUUCACGUUUCAAAAUCACCUUAGGUCGUAAAAAUGUUGUUGAUUUAGACUCAAGUACUGAAAAUAAAUUUUCGAGACAUUUAAUUUUUCACCUUGGAGAUAAUACUCUUUUUAUAAAUAACAUUGAGUGUGGACAAUUCGUAAAAUCAAUAUGUUUAUGUUUGAGUGAUUACUUAAAUACUGGUGUAUCAAAUAGUUAUUUUUCUAAUGAUAAGUUUGAAAGAGUUACAGAAGCUAUGCCAUCAAUUGAAAGUUUACACAAAAUAAUGGUAAAUAAUGAUGAAGGUAAAACGUUUUUAUGUGAUUUAUCUGUUUAUUCAAAGAAUCGCAACUUUCGUCUUUAUCUAUCCAGCAAGUUUUCGAAAAAAAUACCAUUGACAAUUGCUUCUGAAAACGUAUUUUGUUUUAAAAACAAACUUACAAAAUCAGAACGAAGAUUUUACAAACUUCAAAAUAAAACAUUUGAUAAAGAUUAUUGUCAAUUUUGUGAUACUUUAGUAUGCCCAGAUAUAGAUGGGAACAUACGUAUGCUAACUUCUGUUGGAGAUGCAUUACCUGUAACUAGUUCAAUCAAUCCAGUCUGCCUAGUAACAUGUAAAGAAAGAAGAUGUGAUGGUUUUAAAGUAUCUCCGUAUCCAGACCUUGAUCAGUUUGUUCUCCAACAAGCAUCUAUUAAUAGUUUAAAUGGUUCGAUACGACGAUGGAUACAUUACGAGGAAAGACACAUGAUGAUCUACGAUCUUGAUAACAAUCGAUGGUGUGCUAACAUAGGACGAGAACAUAAAAGUAACCAUGUUUACUACGUUGCUGACCUUCGUUCUAAAGUUGUUUACCAAAAAUGCCACGAUCCGAACUGUGCCAAUUUUAAGUCCUCAGAAAUACAAAUACCAAUUGAAGUCCUACCCUUUACCGAUAAUGACGUCAUAGAGCAGUUUGAGAUUUCUACUGACGAAUACCUAAAUAUGAUGUUUAGUGAGGACUUUUUGCCCGAUACAAAUGUACUAGAGAAAAUUAAUUCAGAUCAGCAUGUUCAAUAUGAAAAUGAUACAAAUGUACUAGAGAAACGUAACUUAGAUAAACAAGUUCAAUAUGAAAAUGAUAACGACAUAUCAAUAAACAGUAAGGAAUUUGACGCAUUAUUUGAAGAGGAUCUACCGAUUGAUCUUUUAUGUUCGGAGAGUUGAAUUUAUUGUUUAUAGUGAUUAAAUUAUUUAAUUAUUGUUAA